UAGACAAGAGUCCGGUCAAGAAAGUCAUGUAAUCUAUUUGCUAACGGAGUUCGUUUCCUCCGUAUCUCGGUUCACAAAGUUCCAACAGCUACAGGAAGUCCUCACAAAUUCUUCGCCACAAAACAGGAAGUGGCCAUAACUCUUGUCCGUCCAGAAGGCCGGAUUUUGGAGAAACCUUUAAAACGUGCUGCUGGACUCGUACUGAACCAGGCCAAAGGCAGUUUGGAACAAUUCAAAUGGAAAAUUUGAUUAGAUUUUCCUUUUUUUGCUCUGCUGGACAGAAACUUUGAUGAGACUGAAACUCUGAGCAGACCACGAGAACCAAAGCCGUCUGACCAGCCAUCAUGUCUUUGCUCCAUUUUCCAAACUCUUCCCUGGAUUCUGGACAUUCUCGCUGCAACAACACCGACGGCUCGCGAAUCGGCCUGGCCUUGAUCUCCACCAGAGUCUUCCUCCUGUUCCCGGUGUCGCUCCUCAUCCUCUGCCAUGGCGCCCAGCGGCGGCGGCGGCGCUCCUUCACGGCGAUGAGCCACUUUGACGUCUUUACCUUCCACCACUGCGUCCUGGAGCUGGUCUGGAUUCUGGGUACUGUGUUACAGUUUUUAGGGUCGUCGAUGGACCUGGAGGUCAUGUCCAUGGCAGGUACCUACCUCAGUACCUGCAUCUUCCCAGGAGAGCCCUUGUUUCAUGUGCUCACCUGUCUGGACCGAUACCUGGCCGUGGUUCAUCCGGUCCUUUACGUUAGCCUGCGUAGCAGCCGGGGCGUUUCAGUCAGGAAUGUUGCCGUUUUCGGCGUUUGGCUGUUGUGUUUUCUGUUUAGCUGUGCAGCAAACAACCUCAGGUCCGUCAUCUACAUCCGGUUGUUCAGUGGCUUUCUGACCUGCUCCGUGCUCAUCAUGCUUUUCUGUGGCGUUUCGGUUCUCUGCGCUCUGAUUGGUCCAGGCCCGGGGAAAAAGGCGGGAAACAAGAAGCUUGUUGACCAAAGCAUCCUGAGGGCGUUCGUUACGGUCGCCGCCAUCACCGGCGUCCUCUGCUUGUGGUUCUUUGCGUUCCUGGUGUCCAGUUCUUUGACCAGCUCUGCGCUGGUGGCGCAGAGCGUUUCCUGCGUUCUGGAGGUUUCUGUGCUGUGGUUCAGUUUGCCCUGCAGCCUGAUCUUACCUCUGCUUUAUUUACUCAAAACUGGAACGCUGCAGUGUGGACACGGCGGCGAAGGACAAGAAAUGGACACUGAAAUAAACUAA